CCUAUUUUCAGCUGGCUCAUCUGCUGCAGCAUGGAUUAAAAUCUUUGGGAGCGGUGAAGCCGUGACGGUAGUCAUGAACAGGAGAGUCAGUCUAUAUAAACAACCUGACUUUUAGAUAUCUAAUCACUUGGGGAAAAAAUACAUUCCCACUCCUUCGCUGCUAUUCUCGCGGUGCUUUUCCGUAUCACCCUUUGUGAUAUCUUCUACUACGAGGGUAUUAGCAGUGUGGUUACCUCUACUUUCACUCCCAUAACCUAUUACUCUCCCACCACCUUGGCCUCUACUACUUAUCCAACUAGCACCAAGAUAACAACCACUGAUUACUCCACAACUCCUACUUAUCACACAUAUGCCUCUUAUCCAGCGAGCAAGUCGACUUUCACAGAACAAACGACUUCUAUACUAACCACUAGCGAAGCGCCAACUACAACAGAACCCACUACUUAUGUAUACCCCACAACUACCACAUCUUCAUCAUCAAGCACCUGCGUAUCUCCAACAUUCACCUGGACAGAACCCACUACUGUUCCUACAGAUAUACCAAGCUAUGGUAGUCACCGCAUGGGGAAACGUGCUGACCCUCCCAAGCUAACACCAGACCAAAUCGAGAAACUAAGAAAGCUUAUUCGUAUAUAUGAUGAGAUAGAGAAGGCAAAGCCAGUAAUAGAUAAAGCUAUUGAAGACGGUCUUACUGAGUGUCAAGAUUUCAAGAAUUUAGUCGCUAUUCUCAAAGUGUUCGCGCCUAUUUUUGACGGACUUCAAGAAUGGUUGGAUGGACGUCAUUUGUGAUUUGAUAAAACAUUGGGAAAGUUACAUUUUACAUUUCUUUGGACAAGGAAUUAUUGGACGGCGAUUUUUGAUGCAGUCCAAGGGGGUCUGAAGAGGAAUUCUGCUUAUCUUUGGCACAUUUGACAUUCGUUUGGCUUGCUCAAAAUUCCUCUGUCUUUACCUGUUCUAUCAAUAUCAAUCACUUACGGCUUAUGAUGCUUUGGGGUUCUAGAAUCCUGAACGAUCUAAAGUAUCAGAUUUUGCUCGCAUCGUUCAUGUUAAUUGGCCUUAGUCAAAACUUAUUAUAGCUCUCGAAGAUUGGAAGUUCUUCG